AUGAAGCGGUUGAGAGUCGAGGUGGCUACCUUGUCGGAGUUGAGAAAACCUGGCAGUGAUAAGAUCAGUUUGAUGGGUAUACCUACUAUUGGUCGGGCCAGGGCAAUGGUCACCAUCUCUAGCCGACGUCAACCUUUGGUAGUAGAGGUUUCUCCGGUUGACAAGCAUAUUAUGGCACUGAGACUGGAGCAUGUUUUUGAUUUUGUGUCUCCACUUGCUUUGUAUGCUCCUACCAGUGUUUGCAAACUCUAUGAGAAAGAAGCGUUCUACGACAAACACGUCUGUGGCAGACAAACACCCCUAGCAAGAUAUUUGCAUUGUAUACUGGGCGACCUCAAUGCGGUAUCCGGAUCGAAAUGGCUACGAGAUGUCUGUCAGUCCCUAUGGCUCAGAGGCUAA